GGGAAACUGAGCUCGGCACUCUCAAAUACUCUGUCUUAGCGAUUGCAGUGGUGUGUGCUUCAUUCUUUCUUAUUUAUUCUCCUCGGCUCCACCUCCAUAGCAACAGAUUGUUUCAUUUGAGAUCAAAACGGAUUUGGCUGCUGAUUUAAAUACACAAAGUGAACAACAAUGAACUUUAAACUUUUUACAUUUCUACUAUUCUGUUUAAUAGCUGUUAGUAAAUCAGCCGAGGAGGAAUAUGAUUAUGAGGAAGAAGCUGCACACGCUCCAGUAACACCUGCCCCAGCAAAACCUGCGAGUCGAUUAGGAGGACUCCUCGCACCCCGAAAUAGACCAAUUCCUGGAAAAAAAACCACACAAUUAGCGUCGACAACUGCCAAAGCGAUAGAACAUCCAGUCGAAGAGGAUGCUGAGGGUGACGAGGGUGCCGAAGAAAAGCAGGAAGAGGAAGUGCCGGUCACCACGACAGAAGCCUCUAAGAAAUUAAAGGGUGGAGUUGUCAGACCCUUCAGCAGAUCAAAUGAAGAUCUCUUAGCAGCUUUGAAGCGAAGAAGAGCGCAAGUCGGUUCGAGCCAUUCCAAGGACCACAAUUCAACACCUUCCCCAGCGGAAGCUACAUCAUCAGCAUCUAAAUUUAAAUCCGCAUCGAGUGGAAGCAGAAGAACCAGCGGAAAUGCAGAAGCGACAUCAAAGCCAACGAGUCGUGGAAGGUUCGGAUCCUCCCGGGGUUCAAAACCAGUUCAGGAGGAUGUUGAGGAAACUCAACACGAUGAAGUUCAACUAAAACCGAAAUCGUUUCGUAGAGGUUAACGAGUGGGUGAAAUAAUGUUACACGAACACUUUCGAAUCUGUUGUUCCUUUGCGUUUAAAAGAAAGUUGUGAUAUGUGCGGCAUAAUGAGAAAACUGCGUUUCAAAAUAUAGACUGACAUCGCCUCUAUUAUUGCCACAUCAACUUUUUUUCUUUUUUUUUUUUUAUUAAUUUUUAACUCUCCAAUGAUUCAAAUCAAAUAUUUAUUGAAAUGGAAUUUCUUUUCUUUCAAACGAUUUCACGAAUAAUCAAUUUUUAUAUGAACAAAAACAUAGAAAAUCAAGUCGAACCUGUCGGAAUGCAACUCGAAUUUUGAAAUUUUUUUGUCCAACAAGAAUUAUUUUCACUUAGUUCUGGAAUAUUGUAAAAAUGUUACAAAGUUAAAUUAUAAAAAAAAAUUUUCAAGGAUGUUUUGAAAAUCGAGUUGCAUUCCGAGAGGUUCUAUUGUAAUGUUCACUUUGCUAAGAUAUCGUCAAAUAUUGUUUAUGAUAAUUUGACCAAAAAAAUAUGUGAUUUUUCAACGAAACAACAAAAAAGGAAAUUUUGUACAAAGCCUAUUGUUUUUUUAUACAGUAAAGACAAAAAAAUAAACAAAGAAACAAAGACAGCUGUUAAUUUUUGAGAGCCAACGCCAUAAUAAGUUUAUGUAUAAUUGAGGAGAAUGUGACGGUUGAUUAAAAAAUAUUCGUAAGUCGAUAAUAA